CCUGGCGGGGGCGGGACCUAAUUCGCAAACUGUUGCUUUGCUCUCUAUGUCCCAGCGCCCCCUCUGAGAUCCCAGGGAGCCACUGUGCUGGGAGAGCCAGAGGGUCCCGAGGAAGCCUGGAGGUAGAGGAGGCAGCAGAGGGAAAGUGACCAAGCUAGCCGCUCCAGUGAGGGACAGGAACCAAAGGGACGCCCCACGCCCCACGUCAGCCCCGGUUGGGCUCUGGAGACAGCCAACGCCUCUUGCUGUGCGGCGGCUUCGAAGCAGCCUCCCGGAGCUACCCUUUUCUCUUUGGUGAAGUUUUUAAAAGCUGCUAGAGAUUCGGAUGAAGUGAGGAAAUUACGGGGUAGGGCUUACGGUUGCCUUUGUCUUCCUCCUUUCCACCCCUUCACCCCUUUCUGGGUUUCCUCUCUUGCUGCUGCCUCUGCCUGCUCCCCUCUGCCCGCUCCCCCACUUCGGUUGGCCCAGCCCGGCCAGCCCGAGUUUGCAGAGAGGUAACUCCCUUUGGCUGUGAGCAGACGAGCUAGCUCUGCGUUGCAAAGAGGGCUCUGGCGAGUCAGGCAAUUUCAGAGACGCUACUGCACUGCAUCCAGGACCUGGCUACUUAGGCGGCACUCGGGGUGAGCCCCCAUUUCCCCCCAACAUCCUCUCCACCUCGCCCUGCAUGCCCUCCCCUCCCAUCCAGUUUUCAGGACCAAAGAUCAAAGGAUGAAAAGACAAUCAGGUCUUCAGUAGCCCAAAACAAAAACAAACAAAAAACAUUCAAACCUGAACAAAACCAAAGGGGUGGGGGGGGAGACCCACCCUGGUCCCUAUUUGCACCUGCUUCAGUGGACAUUUAAUCUGGAAGACGGAGAGUCCUCUUCUCUUCUCUUCUCUCGCUCUCGUUCUCGCUCUCCUUUCAAGAUUUGAGUAUCUUUUGAAUCUAUCCUCCAAGUAUUCAGGAAUAGACUGUGAGCUUACCAGGGCAGACCUUGUCCAACGCGUGUUUUCACUGCACAAGACUUUGAAGCUGUCAGAGAGAUUCUGUGUGGUCAUUCCUGCAAGUUUCUUUCCCAGGAGCUUCCCGCAGGUGGUCAGCUAGCUGCAGUGACUACCGCAUCACAGCCUGUUGAACUCUUCUCAGCAAGAGAAAGGGAAACGGCAUAAAGGAAUUAGGUGGAAGAUUCAACCAAGCUCAAGGAUGGAGGUGCAGUUAGGGUUGGGGAGACUCUACCCACGGCCACCGUCUAAGACCUAUCGAGGGGCUUUCCAGAACCUGUUCCAGAGCGUGCGCGAAGUGAUCCAGACCCCGGGCUCCCGGCACCCUGAGGCUGUGAGUGCAGCACCUCCAGGCGCCCAGUUGCAGCAGCAGCAGACCAGUCCCCGGCAGCAGCAGCAGCAGGGCGAGGAUGGAUCUCCCCAAGCCCAGAGCAGAGGCCCUCCAAGCUACCUGGCCCUGGAGGAGGAACAGCAGCCUUCACAACAGCAGUCAGCCCUGGCGGGCCACCCCGAGAGCAGCUGCAUCCCGGAGCCUGGAGUCCCCUCAGCUGCAGGCAAGGGGCUGCAGAGGCAGCCGCCAGCACCUACAGAGGAGGAUGACUCAGCUGCCCCAUCCACGUUGUCCCUGCUGGGCCCCACUUUCCCGUGCUUAAGCAGCUGCUCCGCCGAUCUUAAAGACAUCCUGAGUGAGGCCGGCACCAUGCAACUCCUGCAGCAGCAGCAGCAGCAGCAGCAGCAGCAGGAGGUGGUAUCUGAAGGCAGCAGCAGUGGGAGAGCGAGGGAAGCCGCUGGGGCUCCAACCUCCUCCAAGGACAGUUACCUAGGGGACAGUUCUACCAUCUCGGACAGCGCCAAGGAGUUGUGUAAGGCAGUGUCGGUAUCCAUGGGCUUGGGUGUGGAGGCAUUGGAGCAUCUGAGUCCUGGGGAACAGCUUCGAGGGGAUUGCAUGUAUGCUCCUCUCCUGGGAGGUCCACCCUCUGUGCGUCCCACUCCUUGCGCCCAGCUGGCAGAAUGCAAAGGUUCUCUGCUGGAUGACUGCCCAGGCAAGGGCACUGAAGAGACUUCUGAGUAUUCCCCAUUCAAGGCAGUUUACCCCAAAGGGCUGGAAGGCGAGAAUCUGGGCUGUUCUGGCAGCGGUGAAACGGGAGUCUCUGGAACACUUGAGCUACCAUCCACCCUGUCUCUCUACAAGUCUGGAGCACUGGAAGAGGCAACGACUUAUCAGAGUCGCGAAUACUACAACUUUCCAAUAGCCCUGGCCGGGCCUCCGCCUCCUCUGCCUGCUCCCCAUCCUCAAGCCCGCAUCAAGCUGGAGAACUCGCUGGACUAUGGCAGUGCCUGGGCAGCCGCGGCAGCGGCACAGUGCCGCUAUGGGGACCUGGCGAGCCUGCACGGCGGGGGUGCAGCGGGACCCAGCUCAGGCUCACCCUCAGCCGCUACCUCCUCUUCCUGGCACACUCUCUUCACAGCGGAUGAAAGCCAGUUGUAUGGGCCCUGUGGCGGAGGUGGUGGCGGCAGCACAGGCGAGGCAGGGGCUGUAGCCCCCUAUGGCUACUCUCGGCCACCUCAGGGGCUAUCGGGCCAGGAAGGCGAAUUCCCCCCAUCUGAUGCGUGGUAUCCUGGCGGCAUGGUGAGCAGAGUUCCCUAUUCAAGUCCUAGUUGUGUCAAAAGCGAGAUGAACCCCUGGAUGGAGAGCUACUCUGGAUCUUAUGGGGACAUGCGUUUGGAGACUGCCAGGGAACAUGUUCUGCCCAUCGACUAUUACUUUCCACCCCAGAAGACCUGCUUGAUCUGUGGGGAUGAAGCUUCUGGCUGUCAUUAUGGAGCUCUCACUUGUGGAAGCUGCAAAGUCUUCUUUAAAAGAGCUGCUGAAGGGAAACAGAAGUACCUUUGUGCCAGCAGAAAUGAUUGCACCAUCGAUAAAUUCCGAAGAAAAAAUUGUCCAUCUUGUCGCCUCCGGAAAUGCUAUGAAGCAGGGAUGACUCUGGGAGCUCGGAAGCUGAAGAAACUUGGUAAUCUGAAACUGCAGGAGGAAGGGGAGGCUUCCAGCGCCACCAGCCCAACUGAGGAGCCAACCCAGAAGCUGGCGGUGUCACACAUUGAAGGCUAUGAGUGUCAGCCUAUCUUUCUGAAUGUCCUGGAAGCCAUUGAACCAGGCGUGGUGUGUGCUGGACAUGACAACAAUCAGCCUGACUCCUUUGCAGCCUUGCUCUCUAGCCUCAAUGAACUGGGUGAAAGACAGCUUGUACAUGUGGUCAAGUGGGCCAAGGCCUUGCCUGGCUUCCGAAACUUGCAUGUGGACGACCAGAUGGCAGUCAUUCAGUACUCAUGGAUGGGGCUCAUGGUGUUUGCCAUGGGCUGGCGGUCCUUCACCAAUGUCAACUCCAGGAUGCUCUACUUUGCCCCUGACCUGGUUUUCAAUGAGUACCGCAUGCAUAAGUCCCGGAUGUACAGCCAGUGUGUCCGAAUGAGGCACCUCUCUCAAGAGUUUGGAUGGCUCCAAAUCACCCCCCAGGAAUUCCUGUGCAUGAAGGCACUGCUGCUCUUCAGCAUUAUUCCAGUGGAUGGGCUGAAAAAUCAAAAAUUCUUUGAUGAACUUCGAAUGAACUACAUCAAGGAACUUGAUCGUAUCAUUGCAUGCAAGAGAAAAAAUCCCACAUCCUGCUCAAGGCGCUUCUACCAGCUCACCAAGCUCCUGGACUCUGUGCAGCCUAUUGCACGAGAGCUGCACCAGUUCACUUUUGACCUGCUAAUCAAGUCGCACAUGGUGAGCGUGGACUUUCCAGAAAUGAUGGCAGAGAUCAUCUCUGUGCAAGUACCCAAGAUCCUUUCUGGAAAAGUCAAGCCCAUCUAUUUCCACACUCAAUGAAGCUUUGGAAGCCCCCAUUUCCUCACCCCACCUCACUCCCCUUUUCAGAUAUCUUCUGCCUGUUAUAACUCUGCACUAUUUCUCUUCUGUGCCUUGGGGAAUUUCCUCUAUUGAUGUGUAGUCUGUCAAGAAGAUGUUCCUGAAUCCUGUUUGCCAGACUUUUUUCUAUUUUCCUUCUUUCUCCCCGCCCCCCACCUCCCCAUCUGACCCUCCCAUGGCACUUUCAGACUCUGCUCUCUGCAAUGAAUGUCUCUUAUCUGUGUUUUGAAUGGUGUUAUAUUUCUUUAAAUCUGUGAUGAUCCUCAUGUGGACCAGUGUCAAGUUGUGCUUGUUUAUAGCAGUGUGCUGUGUGCCAGCCACACAAAUGUUUACUCACUUAGUGCCACGGGAAGUUUACGGAGCUAAGAGUAUCUGGGAAAACCAAAAGUCAAACAAACAAACAAACAAAAACCAAAAAAACUUUCUAGGAUAUUUUUUCCUUUCAAAAAUAUAAAAACAAACAAAUCCCCAAAGACGCUAACAGUGACUAGAAUAAGGUGAGCAUUACAAGACCAUGGGGAGUCAUUGCUAUUUUUCAAAACCCUCCCUCCCAGAGUUUCUGCAUAAAGCUUUUUCCAUUAGAGGGCAGGAUGGCUCCAAAACUGAGUUGGGGGAGGGGAGAGACAGAUUUAAGACAGGACAAAGAGGACAGCUAAAUCACCAAUAUCUGCUCACAGUCUUGGUCCCUGAGGUCUAGACUGCUCAACUGCAGUGCAAUUCAUUGUACUGAAAGUGUUCUUCUUAUUUAAAAACUUGUCUGCAUGUGAAUGCCUCCCCCACUCCAAUCUCUUUCUCUCACCCUCUGCCUCCAUGCUCAAAUUGACUUUCAAUAGCUUUUCUAAGAACUUUGAACAAAUGUUCUCUUUAGCCAAAACUUGGACACUUCCACUAAAGAGUAAGACCAGCAAGAAAGAGAAGAGAGAUCUGACUUUUUGGAAGGCCCCAUUCAGAUCCAGGUCUGCUUUCCCAUUUAUGGGCCAAGGAGGAACUUGGGGCUGGAGUUAGAGGAAAAGGAAGUGGUGAUUUGGCUCUUCUCCAUUUAGGACACUGAAGAAUUGAUCCCUCCUUGCCCCCACCUUUAAAAGACCUGAAUGCUUUUAGCCUGAUUCCAUGCUGAAGGUUCCUCCACCCUCCUUCAGUGUUUUGUGGGCCUGAACUUCACCAAAAACAGUGGUGAAAUUUUCCCACUUCUCUAGACAUGUUCACAGACUCUUUGCUAAGAGCCCCCAUCACAAAGAAGGCUAACAAGCAGCAGAUUUAACAUUUAUUUCUAAAUGCAGUAGACUCAAAGACUUCUUACCAAGUAUCUCUCAUCAACUACCAGAUCUUCUCUUCAUCCCUUAGACAAACUGGAAAGAAGGCAUCAAUAGAUUGGACAAGCUUGGCGACUUGCCUUUGUCCCCCAGAGAUGGUACCUUCCUACCAAGUGGAAAAAAGCCCAUUUUCUCCUUCAGUGCAGCUAAAGGGGCAACCCAUAUUGGGGUUAAAGAGAAAAUUCAUUCAGUUACCAGGCUGGGAAGAAUGGGGCACUAGAAGCAGAAACCCUGUAAAUGCUCUCCUUGCCACUCAGCAUAUUCACCUGCAGAAGUCAUGGGAAGAAGAGAGAAGAAAGCAAGAGGAGACUGACUACUAAAUUAAGAGGCAAAGUUUAAAGCCAGAUGGGUACCAUCUGGUGAAUUUACUCCUCCUCCUCCUCCUCUGCUGCAGAUUAUGUGCUCUGACUUUGACCAUACUCAGCCAGACUCCCCACCUAUGUUGCUGCCUGUCAGUCAGAGGGAAGCUGAAACAUUGAGACGACAGGACCAUGGCCUCUUUGCAAAGUUCUGGUUGGUGUGGCUCCAAUGGGCUGCCACCCAUGAACUCAGGGUGUGUUCCUGGGACACUGGUUUCAUAUAGACAUUUGGCACACCUCUAUUCUGUUGACUUUGUUCCCUAAUCCCAAGUGAAGAGGGAAUGCCCAACUACUUUCUCAUCUUGGCCACUGCCUCCUCACUUAGCUCUUUAAUUCAUCUGCUAAACUCAAGGAAUUAGAAGCCAGUCAACAAGAUGCCCAUUUCAGUUGGUUCACUUUACUUGUUGAGAAGAUAGUUUCUGAGUGAUCUGAUAUGACCUACAUGGGUUUCCUCCCCUGAUUUCUGUGUUGAUAUUAAUAGCCAAAAGAACUUGCAAAAACAGUUUCUUUAAAUAACAAGGGAGAGAGGAACCUAAGAUGGGUGAUAUACCAAUCCAAGACUGCUGGAUAAAACUAAUACGGGCAGGUUGUCUUUCUGGCGUAAGAUAGACAAAUUCUGUUUUUCUUUGUUAUUACACCAUUUGGCUUAUAUAAGCUCACAGGAUCACUUUUUGCUAUUUUAUUAUUUUUUAAAUAUAUUUUAUUGAUUUUUUACAGAGAG